UUUGAAUCCACAAAGUUUUGUAUAAUGAAAAGAAAUACAUAAUUUUAAUUCAACCCAAGAGUUUUCCAAGCAGAUUAUAUUUGCUUAAAUUGCAACAGUAAUUCAAAGGACAACUUAUGUGGAUACAGCAGUUACUGUGGAUUUUUAAGAGACUCAGUUAAAGAAUUUAGGAAUUUCUGAUUCAUUGACAGGCUUUGCAAAUUCAUCAACUCCUGAAAACUAAAGCAAAAUCAACAGGAGAAAAAAGGAACAUGGGUCUUUUAAGUACAGUAUAUAUCAUUUUCUUCUUUUUUGGAGUCAAAGUGUAUUGCCAAUAUGAAUAUUAUCAAUGGGAUGAAGAUUAUGAUCAAGAGCCAGAUGAGGCCUACCAACCAGAAUUCCAAUUUCAUCAAAAUGUCGACUAUGGAGUUCCUUUUCAUCAAUACACUUUAGGCUGUGCCAGUGAAUGCUUCUGUCCAUCUGAUUUUCCAUUAUCAAUGUACUGUGAUAAUCGCAGACUCAAGAUAAUCCCAAAGAUUCCAGCACACAUUCAGCAAGUCUAUUUGCAGUUCAAUGAAAUUGAGGCUGUGACUGUAGAUUCAUUCACCAAUGCCACUUAUCUUAAAGAAAUCAACCUCAGCCACAACCAAAUUAAGUCUCACAAGAUUGAUCACGGUGUGUUUGCUAAGUUGUCAAAUCUACUACAACUUCACCUACAGUAUAACUACUUAGAAGAAUUCCCAUUACCUCUUCCUAAGUCUCUAGAAAGACUUCUUCUUGGUUACAAUAAGAUCUCCAGAUUGCAGACAAACGCCAUGGAUACAUUAGCAAAUCUGACCAUGCUCGAUCUCUGUCAUAAUCAUCUCGAUGACUCUAUGUUAAAGGAAAAAACUUUUGGCAAAGUAGAAAAAUUAAUGCAGCUCAACCUAUGUUAUAACAGGUUAGAAUCAAUGCCUCCUGGUUUGCCCUCUUCACUUAUGUAUCUGUCUUUAGAAAAUAAUUCAAUUUCUUCUAUACCAGAAAAUUACUUCAACGAACUUCCAAAACUUCAUGCUCUAAGAAUGUCACACAACAAACUACAAGACAUCCCAUAUAAUAUUUUUAAUCUCUCCAACUUGAUAGAACUUAAUGUUGGACACAACAAACUGAAGCAGGCAUUCUACAUCCCAAGAAAUUUAGAACAUCUGUACCUAGAAAACAACGAAAUUGAACAUAUCAAUGUUACAGUGAUGUGUCCAUCUGUUGACCCACUACAUUACCAUCAUUUAACAUAUAUUCGUGUAGACCAAAAUAAGCUAAAAGAACCAAUAAGCUCAUACAUUUUCUUCUGCUUCCCUCACAUACAUACUAUUUAUUAUGGUGAACAAAGAAGCACUAAUGGUCAAACAGUACAACUGAAGACCCAAGUUUUUGGGAGAUUUCAAGAUGAUGCUGAUAGUGAAGAUCAUGAUGAUGUUCAUGAAGACCCAGAACAAGAAGGAACAGGAGAAAACACUGACCCUCACUAUUAUGGAAGUCAAGAAUGGCAAGAGACUAUAUAGGUAUAUGGUCUAGCAUCACAAAAUCAUAUUAUUCAGUAUUAAUUUAACUAAACAUGUAAGCUCAAUUACUAUAUGUAGAUUAAUAUAUUAGUAAAAAUUCAGAUUAGAUUAAAGUUGUUGGCAACAUUUGCAUCAUUACACAGGAUUAGAACUUACUCUAAGUGAAGCAAAUCUUCAGAAAUUUGAAUUAGAAUGACAAGUGGAACUCAACUAAAUUAUACACAAAAUUAAGUUGAGAAAAAAGUACAUUUCUAUUAAAGUAAUUUUUCUAAGAAUUAUGAAAGACGUAGAUUUAAAAGCUAAGGAAUAGAAGCCAUAUGCUUAGAAUCACCAUAAUGAUGCUUGAAUACCAAGAAGUUAAUAAGACUGACAGCCAUCCAUUUAAGUAGUAGAUUGCUUUCUCUGACUUAAUUUCCAAAAAGCCUUCAAACUUACAUUUUAGAUCUCAUUAUCAUGACAUUUACCCCCUUGCCCUAACACUAGAACACAGGCUGUUUUUUAUUUUCAAAUGAGGCUAUUCUACUAAGGAUGCCAGGCAUACAGACUCAUAAAAUUAACUGGACUUAUUUUCUCCUCAGCACA